UCCGGGGAGAGCGGAUAUAGUGAAUGCAGGGUCCAGGGAGAGGGGAUAUAGUGAAUGCGGGGUCCGGGGAGAGCGGAUAUAGUGAAUGCAGGGUCCAGGGAGACCAGAUACAGUGAAUGCAGGGUCCGGGGAGAGCGGAUAUAGUGAAUGCAGGGUCCUGGGAGACCGGAUAUAGUGAAUGCAGGGUCCGGGGAGAGCGGAUAUAGUGAAUGCAGGGUCCUGGGGAGACCGGAUAUAGUGAAUGCAGGAUAUAGUGAAUGCAGGGUCCGGGGAGACCGGAUAUAGUGAAUGCAGGUUAUAGUGAAUGCAGGGUCCCUGG